AUGGACCAAACGCUCAUCAAAACGAAUCUGUUGCCUCGCCGGCGUUUUGCGCCGGUGCCAAUCGAGACAACCUUUGAACGCUACAGAAAAGGCGCCCCUACUGCGGUGCUAACGCCAUCUCCAUCUCCACGAUCGCCCUCGCCGCCUCGCCGACUAUGGACCAAGGAGAAGGAAAAGAGGCGUUUCGCCCCCCAGUUGAUCGAAUCUUCUCGACGUUCCCGACGAGUCGGCGAUGUUGGGCCAGCCACCAAACCUGCCGACAAGACCGAUAUCACGCCCUACCACAAUCACAUAUAUGCACCGAAGGCACGCAAAAAUCAUCGAAGGCUAAUGUCACUCGCUCGCCGAGAGUCUUGCGAUGACGAAACUGCCGACCAUUUUUUUGAGACUCUUGUUCGGGAAAACGAAAAGCGCAUUCUUGAGGACGCUUUGGCUGCCUUCCCAAAUAGUCGAGCCCGUGCUGGCGGCGCUGAACACUUCGCCAUUCGCGAAGCCUCUGAUGAUGAUAGCAGUAGUUCUCAAAGCCACGGAAUUACUGGCCCACGACCUUACCGUGCCGGACGCCGAUCCCGCCGCGACUCGCUCACUGAAGACGUCGGGUGGGCCCUGAGGGAAUUGCAAGAGCAUCACGACCUUCUUUUGCAAACCCGCAACGUUUCUAUUGCCCAUGGCAGCUCUCCCUACAUUGUUCCAUCUGUCAGCACAACCGAAAGCACAACCGAAGAUGUGGAAGAAACAGAAAAGGCAGAUGCUGUCGCACCAGCAGAUGCCGCCACGCCGGCACCUAACCGUUUAGAACGUAUCUCAACACUUGAACUCGACCGGAUGCACAUUGAAAGUCCUCCAAGUGAUCCUAUCUGGACCACAACUGCUCGCCACUCAACCCCGGACUCUCCGCUCCAUGCUAUGGGUGAAACACACAUGCCCUAUAUUCCGGAAGUGGCAUUCGACUUCCCACGAGCAACCGAUGGUUAUCGGGGGAUUCCGGCCUAUGCCCAGAGGCUCAGAGAGGCAGAGGGGGAAACCGAUGAAGAAGACGAGGACGAAAUAUCGCGACAUAUUACAUCGACCCCAGGACCUAUUGGCGAAUCUCUCAUGCCCUACGUGGCAUCCGCGCCGGAAGAGCAUGUGACCGAAACCCCGACGGCAUCAUUAGCCAUUGCGCAUCUCCCACCCGAGAGUCUAUUUCGUGGGCGCGGCCCUUUUGCUGGUUAUCGCAAUCGUGAUUUAUUUGCUGAGAGGGAUGUACGCAGAUCGCGGCGAAAAUCACCGCCCAUGCUGGGCAAGGAUUUGAUAUUUCCCAAGUGCUUGUCUCCCAAGCAGACACAGCUGGAGCCAGAGUAUCUAUGGAGCACAAGCAAUUCCAGAAAUGAUUCUCACCGCGACGCAACUGGAAAACAUGGUUUGUGGAACGGAUUUUGCUACUCGCGCGAGAAAAACGAAGCUCUGGCGCCGAUUGAGCGCCCUGUCAUGCUCGCAACACCUUUCCCACCCAGUUCUCCCGCCGACCCAUUCGCUCACGCAUUUAGUGCGAGCGAGCCCGGGACAGUCUGUGCAGAACCGGAACAUGUGACUGGUAGUGGGAAACAUGGGUCUAAGUCUGAACAUGAUUUGUUUGCGGCGGCUUUAAAUUCGCAGUCGGUCGGCACGCUGCCAGCUGGCGCUGGGACGAUGACACUAAGACUGGAACAGCAUCGUUCGAAACUGCAACGCCAGGCUGACACUGAAGGACUGCAUGUGCUCAUGGGACUGGACGGAAGGCUGCAGCAGGAGAAGAAAAUGGCAGAGUUAGAGGAGAAAAUUGCCACCGAGUUCACAGAUACAUUUGUCACGCAGGUUUACAAUUAUCUGUCUCUAGGUUACCCAGCCAUGGCUCGAGCAUAUGACGAUGAGCUGUCCAAAAUCUCUGGCGUCCCUGUGGCUGACCUAGAGCGCGAUGAUGCCAAGGCUUUGGAUAAUCCCGGCCACGCUAGAGGUCAUAUCUCCUUGGGGAAUGAUAGCGGGAAGACUGGCAAUGGAUAUAUGUCGAUGCGUUUGAGUCACGACGACUGCCCUCGAUGGCAUGCCCUCAAGCUGUACAUUUACGAAUGGGCUCGUCAGCACCCUGACCUGGAUGGUAUCAGUUCGUUGGCUUGGGGCAUGCGUGAACGGCGUGGCAGCUGGGGCGUCUAG